AUGGGCAGCUCACCCGCAGGGAUCCGAACUGAGACCGUGAAUUCGGAUGACGGCAUCGAUCUAUACGGGUUCGACUAUCAGCUGCCACAUUGCACAGAACUCGAUGACAUUGAACCCGCUGACAAUCUAUCAAAUGAACUGCCAGAUGCCGGCUUCAAUUGUUCGAAUAGAUCCCAAUCCUUCGAACGUAUCGAAGAUGAUGUUCUUCUUGCACAUGAUUACUACGGGCUUGACGAAGAAUCCGCGUUGCUCGGCUGGGAUAGCAGCCUACCUCCAAUGAAGGGCGAAUCAAAUCAAUUAACCUUUGAUCUCUCUACAUCAUCCGAUGUCCUCGACAAGUUUCUUCCAUCAGAAGAUAAUCUACAAGUUUCCAACCGCUUCGUAUCCCUAGCAGAUAUCGAACUUCAACCAGGGGACGACCAAUCCCACACGGAAUAUCUUCCAACGGUCCGCUCUACUACUAGCAUCCAACCCGCGUUUUUCCAUGAAUCGACCCUUGAUAAUCAACGCGUCCUUUCUAGCGAUUGCGCUUUAUCAAGCUCCUGCAUUCGUCAUCCGCAUUGGCAAGGCGAGGAAUCCUCCCAGGAGCAGGCUCGGGGGUUAACCAUUGAUGGGUCACUCUUACGUCCAACUAGCAAAUCUCAUUCGAGACCGCCACCUCGAGGAGCAGCCUCUCAAGGCUCGAUUGGGAAGACCAACCGUAAACAGCAGCCACCAACUGCUCCGAUCAAGGCCUGGUUCGAAGCCCAUUCAUUUCGGCCGUAUCCAACCAAGGAAGAAGAACAAUCCCUCAUUGAGCAGACUGGCCUAAACAUACAGCAAGUCAAACGAUGUCUCACAAAUUUGCGAGCACGUACAAAAAAGAAAGGCGUGGUCAUCGCUCAUUGCUCGUCGCCCUCUGAAAUCCAGUAUGAAUACACGGCGAAUGACAACCAUCUUUGCAGGGAUUUGCUCACGAGUCGAACGACAUCGACAGGAGAAUGGCUCGGCAUGCCCGUCUCUCCAGCUGAAUCGCAAAGUUCGCCGAGUGGCAACUCACUGACCACAAACACCUCAUCUCCUAGAGUUUUGGAAGAGGGCUUGAGUGGUAGCCUGCCCAUCUCCUCAUUUCCACAUCGUGGUGAUUCUCCAAGAAAUUUUCCGGCGUCUCCUCCAGGUCUACCGCAAUUUCAAUCUUUGAACAUGGGAGCCCUGCGCAGUGUGCCUGGGAGAAAAGGGAAAAAGCCACUCAUACCUCUACCCGUUAUGUUUGCUGGGGAAUCAACACCAGAACCGAACACGAUCUCAAAUAGCCUGCCAUCAGGUCUGCAGAAGCGGAUUUUCCAUUGCACUUUCUGUUUCAAGCAUCUGAAAGAUCGCUACGAAUGGAAGCGCCAUGAGGCUUCUGAAGUCUUUGCUACCAAAUGGAUAUGCAUGCCACAGAAUACCGCCGUAUCGAACGGCACGUGUGUCUUCUGCGACACGGCACCCACCUAUAUGCCUUAUGCUUGCGCCCACAACAUCGAGCCAUGUUUAGCUAAGCCUCUUCACGAUCGGACAUUCGGGAGAAAAGACCAGCUGAAGCAGCACAUCCAGCAAGUGCACUUGCCGCCUGACCAAAACCCUCGAGCUUCUCAGGUGCCGACGAGAGCAAAGAAAUCGAGGGCCAGCCUCCAGAUUCCGCCUUUGUGGAAGCUAGACUGCAAUGCUAUUGAUCUCCGCCCUGGGGCCCUCUGGUGCGGAUUCUGCAAGACAGACCUCGAUACUUGGACACAGAGAGUGGAACACGUCUCUGCGCACUUUCAAAACGGCGCUACCAUUACGGACUGGUUUCCGAAAGCUUUUUAGACCACCCUCUCAGUUGAUAUCCGCUGUUUUCGUUCUCGGCGCACCCACGCCCUUUAUGACUUUUGCAGCGUGCAACAUCCUUCUGCUUCACGUGAGUAGGAUACAAACUAUGAUUUCCUUCUGCACUAAAUGUGGCUAUCAACACAUAUGCACCCUCCCCGCUUUUUCCAGCGCUUCUAGCAAUUUCGGCCUUUACAGCGCAAACUGUUGCUAUCAUGUCUUUCAUUAGCCCUGUCCCAUCUGCUUCUCAUAUCCCAAUGUAGCAAAAUUUCCAUUGCGUUCUUAGCGUUGUUAGAUCUUUUUUUUUGGGGGGGGGGGAGUUCGCGGCGCUACUCAUAUUCGUGGUUUUCUGGCGGUAUUUAUAUAGCCUCUACAAU